CACCACCACCACCCCCAGCUUGUCUUUCAAUGGAUACCAUGAGAGAUAAGCCCAUAAAAUUCUCAUCUUCUGUUUUCUGUUUGAUCAUUUUAUUAUCGGUGUAUAACUCUAGGGCGGAGCUACGACGGUUGGUUCAACCACCAAAAUCCGAUGGUACACUCAGUUUUCUCGUUGUCGGCGACUGGGGAAGAAGAGGUUCUUAUAAUCAGUCUCAAGUAGCUCGUCAGGUUUAAGUGGAGAGGAGAAUUGACAAAAAAAAAAGUGGAGAGGAGAACGAUGAUUUUAUAUUAUCUUUGUUAUUUACGCAACUUUUCUUUUGUGUGUGUUAAUGAGCUUCCUAUUAAAACUGCAUAAGAUGGGAAAAACAGGAAUGAAUUUAAAUAUCGAUUUCGUCAUUUCGACUGGAGAUAACUUUUACGAUGACGGAAUAACAAGUCCAUAUGAUUGUCAAUUUCAAGAUUCUUUUACCAAUAUUUACACAGCACCCAGCUUACAAAAGCCAUGGUAUAAUGUAUUAGGAAAUCAUGAUUAUAGAGGUAACGUCGAUGCACAAAUCAGCCCGAUACUGAAGGAUUUGGACUGUCGAUGGGUUUGUUUAAGAUCUUACGUUGUUAAUGCCGAUAUCGUCGAUAUUUUCUUCAUAGACACAACACCGUUCGUAGAUAAAUAUUUUGAUGAACCAAAGGACCAUGUUUAUGAUUGGAGCGGCGUAUUACCAAGAAACAAGUAUCUUAACAAUCUCUUAGCGGAUCUCGAUGUGUCAUUUCAAGAAUCAGUGGCGAAAUGGAAAGUAGUAGUAGGUCACCACACAAUCAAAAGUGCAGGUCAUCACGGUAUCACGAAAGAGCUUGAAAAACAACUUUUACCUAUCCUUGAGGCUAAUGAAGUGGAUCUCUACAUAAACGGGCAUGAUCAUUGCUUGGAGCACAUAAGCAGCAUUAACAGUGGAAUACAAUUUAUGACAAGUGGCGGUGGGUCCAAGGCGUGGAAAGGGGAUGUGAAUGAGUGGAACCCGCAAGAGAUGAGGUUUUACUACGAUGGACAAGGUUUCAUGUCGGUUUAUCUAUCGGAAGCAGAACUGCGUGUAGCUUUUUACGAUGGAUUCGGUCGCGUUCUGCAUCGAUGGAACACUUAUAAGAAGGGGAUUUAUACUGAUAUCUAAACGAUCUGAUUACAAAAGUUGAGAACCAAAUAUUCAUAUUAGUAGUUCAUUGUUUUUUUAUAUUUGGUGGUGGUUUUUCAUGUGACAUAAUCAUUUUUAAUGAUGUGUGACUAUUAUCGAGAUAAUAAAGUAUGAGAAAGGGAAAUUUACAUGUAGACUAAGGACAUAUGUCUAUCCCCUUAACUUGUUUAUUAUUUCAUUCAUUUUCUUA